AUGGAGGAGGAAGACUCGAUUCUGGGUCUGGUGCCCGCCUCGCUCCCCGUUCACGCGGACAGCGAGGGUUCAGUCGUGGCGAGCGGCUACAUGGGGUGUGUGUCCGGCAGUCCGGUGGCUGCAGGCGCGGACACGGAUGACGGUAGUGGCUGGACCUUCGAGCACGUCCUUCGCGCAGCCAUCGCGGGCGCAGAAGAGAACAACAACAACGACGCUGAAGCAGGGCAAGGUGGCGGCGACGAAGAAGAUGACGGCAGCGACGCCGCUGACAAAGAUGAGGGGCAGGCGGAGGAUGCGGUGGAUUUUCGCGACGGCGGCGCGUCCUCUGGCGCGGAAGGCCACGCCGGGGCGGCUGCCGGUGCAGUGGAGGGCGGCCACACGGAUGACGUGAUGCUGCUGAGCAUCGGGGAUAAGAAGGCGGCAAAGCAGUUGGGCAAGAGGCUGUACAAGCGGUGGAAGAAGUUGCACAAGACCGCCCGGUCGAAGAAGGACACGCACAAGCGCAGCAAGAAGGCCGGCUCGAAAAAGUCGAAGGGCAAAGAGAAGGCGUCCAAGCACCAGAAGGCAAGCGGCAGCCGUAAGAAGAAGGGCACCAAGGCGCGCAGGGACGACCACGACGACGACAACGGUGAGGGGAGCAUGUUCCUGAACAUGGCGGACGGCGAGCUCGGGCUGGUGCCGGCGGCCGAUCUCUCUGACGCGGCAGCCGCCAUCGAGGCGCGUUUGAAGAAGGCGGCCCUGCGCGAGGCCAAGAUGCGGACUGAAAGGGCGGUCAAAAAGGUGGCGCAGCGCAAGACGAGUUCUGCGGAGCUCGCCGCUAUUGCCAAGGAGCUGGUCUCUGCGAUGGCGAAGGCUCGACAGCUGGACGAAGACAUCAUUCGCGGCCGCAACACCCUCCCCAACGCCUUCCCGCUCAACCGCGUAGCUCUCAAGAGCAUUGUGCAGGCUCGGUGCCGGCAGGGGUACAUGGUGGGCCCGCUCGUCGAGGCGGGCAUCCUGCAGGAGCUGAGCUACUGGCUGUAUGAUGUCGACCGCGCUGAUCCAGCGCCGUACGAGCUGCGCACAACGGCGCUGGAUAUCCUGGUAUCGUUACCGAUGGAAGGCAGCAUCGCUGCGACGGAGGACCUCACUGCGUUCAUGGGUGUGGGCCGCGAGCACCUCAUCAAGACGGACCUAGGCCGCGCCCUGAACGCUCUUCGCCGCUACAACGAAGAGACGAUCGACAACAAGGGCAAGUGCGUGCAGCUACUGACCACCUUCAGUCGCGUGAUCAGCGGCGCGUCGGACAAGGACCAGAUGGAUGAGCACAAGAGCAAGGCUGUGUGGAAGUGCCAGAGCGACCCGACGGUCGCCUCGCCGUUUGAGGUGCUAGAGACGUGCUCAGAGGCCUUCCAGAAGUCGUUCAUGAGGCCCGACCCGCGCGACCCGACAUCGUACAACGGUGUGCUACCGUGGAGGCCGCCGGCGGCAACCAUAACAAACGUCUCAGGUAAGCUGGGCGACUACAUCGAGAAGGCCAACAUCGACCCGCGACGAUGA